AUGGCGGAUGCCAACGUCGAGAAUGAGCGCAGCGUUCGCGUCGCGGAUGAGCUUCGGCGGGAAGUGUACGAGUGCCCCAGUUGCUUGGAGCGGGUGAAGCUGCAGCAGCCCGUUUGGUCAUGUAAAGAGUGCUUUCAAAUCUACCACUUCGCCUGCAUUCGGCGAUGGGCGCAGGUGGACCGCGACACGGUCGUCUUCUCGUGUCCGCAGUGCCGCCACAUGCAGCCGAAGCCGCUGACAGAUCUGUGCUUCUGUGGGAAGGUGUCGAAGCCAAAGUACGACCCCCUCGUGACGCCCCACUCAUGCGGGCGCCUCUGCGGACUUGUGAGGCCGUUUUGCACGCACAGGUGCCCUGCACAGUGCCACCCUGGCCCUUGUCCGCGAUGCCAGCUGCUGGUGGGGCCCCAGCGGUGUCCAUGCGGGGCAACGACCUACACCUAUCCGUGCGGGCAGCCCGACCCGGAGACGACGUGCGACAAUCCGUGUAGGCGUUCUCUGGCGUGUGGGACACAUGCGUGCCUGCUGUCCUGCCACACCGGGCCGUGUCCGCCUUGCUCAGAGUCGACGACGCUCAUCUGCUACUGCGGCCAAACCACGAAGCGGCAUCCCUGCACAAAGGAGGCAUCGUUUUCGUGUGGAAGCGUGUGCGGUAAGUCCCUGCGAUGCGGUAAGCACACGUGCACGCUAAUGUGUCACAGCGGCGAGUGCCCACCGUGCCCGACGGACCCCGCCAGCGUUCACACCUGCCCCUGUGGUGCUGCAGAGCUGCAAACCGUGCGGUACGCAUGUAAUGACCCCAUUCCGCAGUGCGGCCGCGUAUGCAACAAGCCACUCUCCUGUGGCCAGCACCGGUGCCAGCUGAAGUGCCACGCAGGCACCUGCCCACCGUGCGAGGUGCGCGUGGACGUGUCGUGUCGUUGCCGAAAGGUGCGCAAGCGGCUGUCAUGUGCAGAGGCGCAGAACUUCACCUGCACGUAUGAGUGCGGCACGAAGCUGUCGUGCGGGCGACACAAGUGCAAGGUGAUCUGCUGCCAAGACCGCAACAAGACUCAAACAAAUUCGCAUAUGUGCUUUCAGGUGUGUGGCCGUCCGCUUCCGUGCGGGCACGCGUGUGAGGACCUCUGCCAUGCCUCUAUGCAGUGUCCGUCGUGCGUGCACGUCGUCACUGAAGCGCUCACGUGCUACUGCGGCGCGGAGGUGCUUCGGCCACCGCAGCAGUGUGGCACACAACCGCCUGUGUGCAAGCGAGCCUGCCGCAUCCCACGUCUGUGCGGGCACCAGGUGGGCCACAACUGCCACUUUGGGCCGUGUCCCCCUUGCGGGGCACUCGUCAAACGCCGGUGUCCGAGGCACAACACGUUGGUGAUGCUGCCCUGUGGUGCUACGGAUCUGGCGUGCGAGGAGGAGUGCGGGAUGGAGAUGCCCUGCGGGCACUUCUGCGACCGCGUGUGUCACCGUGGACCGUGCGUCGAGGAGGCGAAUCCGUGCCAUCAGCAGUGCGAUCGGCAGCACGAGGAGUGCGGGCACCGCUGCGCCAAGCCGUGUCACGGCACCACGCCAUGCCCGCCGUGCUCCGUGUACCUGCGGUGCACGUGCAACUGCGGUCGCGUGACGCGCAGUCUUCCGUGCUCCAAGGUUGGCAAGCGGAAGGCGGAGGGGCCAAACAAGUUUGCGGUGGUUGUCCCAUGCGACAACGACUGCCUCUUCACUCGCCGCCUCGACGUGCUCACGUCGCUCAGCAAGACAAAGAACGAGAAAUUUCUGUAUUCCCUCAUGCUGUGGGACGCCGCGCAGCAGGACGCAUGCGCGGUGCAGCGGGCGGAGCGCCAGCUGAUGAACUUCGUCGAAGGAAAAGAGUCGGUUGUCUCGCUUCCGCCGACCAACUCCGCGGCGCGUGCACUUGUGCACGCACUCGCUAAGUACUUCCACGUGCAUUCUGAAGGCAUUGACGACGAGCCAAACCGCUCAUGUCUGCUGACCAAAACGGGCGCCACAGCCGCACCGCCUGUGCUACUCAGUGACGCUGUGCGAGACGCGCAGAUGGACCCGCUGCAGUUCCUGAUGCAACGUGCAAAGCCGUCCCUCAAAGAGAAGCUGUGCCUCGUCGUGACUGGCCACCACCUGACCGAAGUCAUGCUGGCGUCGAUAUUGAGCGACUUGGCCGGUCGAUUUGUUAUUGCCCCACCAGAGGUUGGCAAAGACGGUGCGCAAUCGUUUCUCAUUGCCUUCACAACGCACAAGCGCGCGGAAGAGGCGGUAAAGAAGCUGGAGACAAGCAACACUCAGGGCACCUUCACCGUCGCCCGCGCUACCGCGUAG